GAGAAGAGACGGAAAAAUAAUAUGCUGUUUACUCUCAGAUGAAAUGGGGAGGGGUUAGUAAGAGUGAGUGGGAAGUGCCCAGUGCUGACACAAAGACAUUCAGUGUGUUUGUUGUCACUGGGAGUUUGACUGAGGCUGGGCUGUCACCUGCGCAAUCGCAGUGCAGUUAGCAGGGCAGUGAUCACACAUUACAGCACUCCAGGGAGAUCAGUACUUCAUCGCCAGCGUGGAAACCCUUUCCUCCAGAAAAUGCCUGCUUCACAGAAAACCGCUUGGUCUCCAGCAGUUUGGUGGUCCAAAUGGUUUGUGAAAUGAAACUGAAGAAUUCCCUUGGCAGCCAUGUGGUUGGUGGUAUCCUAGAGAGACUGAAUGCCAUCACCAUCAACCCCCAGCACAUCCUGGAGGAGAUUCUACCAAGGGUGCCCAGCACCGUGACUGACAAUGACGUGCCCAUGCUCUUCCGGGAGCCCUACAUCCACAGUGGCUAUCGGAAGGUGGAGCAGGAUUGGAAAUACUACCUUCUCAGCCUCUUCCAGCAACACAAUGAGGCACUCAAUGUCUGGACUCACCUGCUGGCUGUUCUGGUGCUUGUGGUCCGUUUCCGAGCAUUCCUGGAGACAACCUCGCCAUUCCCCACCGUCUACAGCCUCCCACUUUGCUUCUUCGUGGUUGCCUGUGUCACCUACCUGUCCUGCAGUGUGCUAGCCCAUCUCUUCCAGUCCAAGUCGGAGCUUGCCCAUUACUCUUUCUACUUCCUGGACUAUGUGGGUGUGGGUGCUUACCAAUAUGGCAGUGCCCUGGCACAUUACUAUUAUUGCAUGGAGCCUGAGUGGCACCAGGUGAUUCACCCAUUCUUCCUGCCCAUUGCUGCCAUCCUGGGCUGGCUCUCCUGCUUAGGCUGUUGUUUCUCCAAAGUCCACUUUCAGCGACCUUACCCCAUCACCCGGAAGGUGUGCCAGAUGGUGCCCGCCUUUCUGGCCUACCUCCUGGACAUCAGCCCCAUUGUCCACCGGAUUGCCACCUGCUGGGUACGGGGCUGCACUGACCAUGCUGUCUGGUACCACACCUGGCAGAUCAUCCUGUUUGUCAUUGCUUCCGGCUUCUUCUCUUACCCAAUGCCAGAGAAGUAUUUCCCGGGAAGGUUCGACAUUGUGGGGCAUGGCCACCAGAUCUUCCACGUGUUCCUGUCCCUCUGCACGCUAGCUCAGCUGGAGGCUGUGUUGUUGGACUACAGCAACCGGCGGGAGAUGUUCUCCACCCGGGGGGAUGAGCGCAUGGUCUAUAUCUCGUGCAUGAACUUCAUCGUGCUGAUCGCCUGCAGCGGCAGCUCAGCCAUCUACCUGAGGAGAAUAGUCAAAAACAAGCUGCACAAAAAAGGGGACUGAGGGAUGAGAUGUGGGCCCCAGUCUCCACUCUGGGUUUCCUGGAGGAUUUGUCUGGAUCUCGAACAGAAGCUCAUGAUUUUGAUUUGAAUAUAAGCAGAUCUCAAGGCUCCAGGCCAACCCCUGGGUCUUGUUUGUAUUCAUUUGUUAGUGGAGUCUUGUCCGGGAGGGAACUGCGGUCCCUACGACUGAGGGGACAUGUGUGAGGGAUGGGGUGGGGGGAGUCUGUCUGACCUGCAAAGGUGAGGGUCUCCUGUCUCAUUCUGUGGGGCUACACAAAGCUGGUGAUGAUACUGCCAGGUGGUCUCUCAGUUUGUUCAGCAUCAGAUGCCCCAUCCCUUGGAAAAGCUCCUGUGUGUUAGUUGAACAUCACAAAUGGAUUGAGAGGGUACCAGGAAAGACUGGCAGCAAUAGAGUACACCAACAAAGCUAGAACUGCAUAGGUGACUCUCAUCCAGCAGUAUCAUAGAAUCCCUACUGGCCCAACAAGUUCACACUGACCCUCCAAAGAGUAUCUCACCCAGACUCACACCCCUACCCUCAUCAUCCUGCAUUCCCCAUGGCCAAUCUACCUACCCUACAUAUCCCGGGAAAUUAUGGCCAAUCCACUCAUCCUGCACAUCUUUGGACUGUGGGAGGAAACCGGAGCACCUGGAGGAAACCCACGCAGACACAGGGAGGAUGUGCAAACUCUGCACAGACAGUCACCUGAAAAGUUCAGGUAUCCUAAAGGGGGUAAAUGGCUAACUUUAUAUCAGUGUUGAGCGUAGAGACAGCUUCACUCUGUAUCUAACCCCGUACCGCCUCUGUGUUUGAUGGGGACAGCGUAGAGAUAGCUUUACUCUGUAUCUAAUCCUGUGCUGUACUGGUCCCCAGUGUGUUUAAUGCUGACAGUGUAGUGAAAUCUUUACUCUGUAUCUAACUCUAUGCUAUCCUUGUCCUGGGAGUGUUUGAAGGGGAGUAUGCAGAGGUAGCUUUACCUUUAGUUUAAAAGAAUAUAUGGAGCUUUACUUUAUAUCUAACCUCAUGCUGUACCUGUUUUGGAAGCAUUUGAUGUGGACAAUGUAGAGUGGGUUUUACUCUGUAUCCAACUCCGUGCUGUCCCUGUCCUGGGAGUGUUUGAUAGUGAUAGUGUAGGGGUAGCUUUACUCUGUAUCUAACUCCAUACUGUUGCUGUCCUGUGAGUGUCUGAUGGGGACAAUGUAGAGAUCUUUACUCUGUAUCUAAAUCCUGUGCUGUCCCUGUCCUGGGAGUGUUUGAUGAG